AUGAAUCCGGAGAUGCUGCGGGUGGCGGAGGAGCAGAUGCGACGCAUACCCGCCGACGACCUCGCCAGGAUGCAGCGGCAGCUCAUGUCCAGCCCGGACCUGCUGAAGCUCGCAACCGAGAGCAUGAAGAACAUGAUGGCUGACGACUUCAAGCGAGCCGCCGAGCACCUGAACCACGCAAGGCCAGCGGAGACGCUCGAGGUGACCGAGAAAAUCGCCAAGGCCAAGCCCGAGGAGCUCGCCGCCAUGAAGGCGCAAGCCGACGCUCAGACGGCGUCCGCGAUAUCCGCCGCCAAGAUGCUGAAGCGGCAGGGGAACCAGUUCCAUGGCCUCCAAGUACAAGCUCGCCAGGGAUAUAGCGUGAAGAGCAGCGUGCUGUCGGCGGCCGGGCGCGCUCUGCAUGUGCAGUGCAGCGUUAAUCUGAUGGCUUGUUACCUGAAACUAGGCGAGUUCGAGGAGUGCGUCAAUGAAGGCUCGGAGAUUUUGAGCUAUGACUCGGGCACUGCCAAGGCGUACUACCGAAGGGGUCAGGCGUACAAAGCGCUGGGAAACCUCCAGGCUGCUGUUGCUGACCUGAGUAAAGCCCAUGAGAUGUCUCUGGAGGACGAAACUGUCGCUCAAGUUCUGAGAGAGGCGCAAGAAAUACUUGAAACCCAAGGGGGAGCAGCAAACCUGCCAAAGGGAGUUGUCACUGAAGAAGUUGUAGAAGAAGAUAUUAGUUCUCAUCUGUCUACUACUACUACUACUACUACUACUACUACUACUACUACUACUACUACUACUACUACUGAGUAUACUGCUUCACAACCACAUGACGGAGCACGAAACUCAGUACAAUCUGACUCUUUAGAAAGCUUGGUAAAUAUGUCUCAGGUUGCUUCUUCAUCAAGCGGAACAAUCCCUGUUGCUCCAGAUUUUGGUUCCAGUAUGCCAGGAAUUUCACCGGCUGGCAUGGUUGGUAUGACGGACCCUGCUAUGUGGGAGAUGUUUACAUCUGGAGAACAUGAGUCCCGAUGA